AUGAGAGCUAUAGCUUGCUUAAAGCGUAAUUUUAUAAAAAUGCCCAAUGAUGAAGACCUGAUUGCGACAAGACAAGGUUUUUGCGAUAUUGCAAGAUUUCCAAAGUGCAUUGGGGCCAUAGAUUGCACACACAUAAAAUUGCAAAGUCCUGGUGGGCCUUAUGCAGAAACUUAUAGAAAUAGGAAAGGCUUAUUUUCUUUGAAUGUACAAGUUGUAGGCGACUCAAAAUGUUCAAUAAGAAAUAUUGUUACUAGAUGGCCAGGAUCCUCACACGAUUCCAACAUAUUCAGAAAUUCUAGACUGAGAUCAGAUUUUGAAGAUGGACAAUUUGAAGAUAACCUUCUGGUUGGCUAUAGUGACUAUGCAAUAAAGUCAUAUUUAAUAACCUCGCUGUCAAAUCCACAGACAUCAGCUGAAAAUCUGUUCAAUGAAGCUCAAAUUAGAACUCGAAAUCCAAUAGAAAGGUUAUUUGGAAUAUGGAAAAGACGUUUCCCAAUUUUGGCUCUUGGAAUUCGCCUCAAUAUUGAAAAAGUUGAAGCUGUUAUUGUAGCUUGUGCAGUAUUACACAAUAUUGCUAUUCAAAUGAAUGAUGGAGAUCCUAUAUCAAAUAAUGACAAAAUAGAAGCUGCUAUAAUAUUCACAAACAAUGUGAAUAACGGUGUAAUCAAUAGAAACAAUAAUCAUGGUUUAAAUGAUAAUAUUUGGCAUGCUCUAAUAACACAGUAUUUUGCAAAUUUAUUAUAA